AUGCAUUCCACCAACACCAAGAAGCGGCCCCCUCCCCCGCCCGGCCGCAGCGCGCGGCCCCCGCCCGGCUCCGCCGCGCGCCCGCCCGCCCCGCGCAGGGGGCUCCUACCUCCUUCCCGGGGCAGCGGCGAGGGGGCCCGGCCCCGGCGGCGGCGGUGGCGGCGGCUGCGGCUGGGCUGGCUCCCUCCGAGGGGCCGGGAGGCGGCAGUGAGCCUGGCCCCGCGCCACCCCCCGCCGCCGGCGGCCAAUCCCCACCCGGGCUGGGGGGAGGGCGAUGCAAAUUACCCCGGAUCUGGGUCCGCCCGCCCGCCCGCCCGCCCCCCCACGCCCGGCCCGGCCUGCGCUAGGCCGCGCAUCCCCGGGCUCGCCUGCGCCGCGCGGCCGCCCGGGCCGCCACCCUCCCCGGGGGAGCGCCGGGAGGGUGACCCCCCGGGGCGGGGGGCCGAGGGGAGGGGGGCUGGGGACGGUUACACAACUCGGCGGGGAGGGGCCCCGGGGCGGGGAGGGGGCCGGCCCGCGGGCCGCGCAGCCGGAAGCCGGGGACCGCCACCGGCCCCCGGCGAGGGGAACCCGGCUGCAGGCCCCGCCCCCGCGCCGGCCCGCCCCGCCCCUCGCGCCGCGCCGUGCCAGCGGCCCGCGCCCAUUGGCCCGCCGGCCCGCCGCUCACCGCCCCUCCUCCGCACCGCCCCUACCCGCGAGCCGCGGCGGGCCGCCGGCGCGGCGCACCCUGGGACUUGGAGUCCGGGCCGCCGCCACCUGCCGGGCGCGCGCGGCAGAGCAAACUACGACACCCAGAAGCCCGCGCGGCGCCUCCCGCCCACCCGGACACCCCACCCCUUCCCCCUCCUUUGCAAAGCCCCCCUCCCUGGUGGCAGCGGCGGCGGGGGCGGGGAGCGCGCGGUGCGCACUGACUGCGAGGCCGACGCGGGCGGGCGGGCGGGCGUGGGUCGCGAGGCCCUGGCGGUGGGGGGCCGCGAGGAUCCACUCGGCGGCUACAGAAAGCACCUGCCCCCACCCCCAAGCCUGGACGAGAGUCCCCAUAGCCGCGAAGGGGACAUAAGCCAGCCGCUGGUUGAUUGGGCUGGGCUGGGGCGGCAGAGCGAGAAGAGGCAGCCGCGAGAGGGCCGGGCCGGGCAGGCGGCCGCGGCAGGUGCAGGGCGGCGGGGGCCGGAGGCUGGCGGCGCCGCGCGCCACCUCUCGGGCCAGGGCGCCGCCACCUGCCGGCUGCUUCCCCGCCCCGCCCGCGGCCCGGGGAUCCCGGCCAGCAAGAGCUCCAGGGAGGAGGCCCCGCGCCGCCUGAGGCCGGGCCCGGCGUGCGGGCGCUGCUGCCGCGACCCCUGCGGGGACUCAGCGCCGUUCCGCUCCCCAGAUCCAAGCCGGGAGGCCCCCGGCUCCCCACAGACCGGGCCUUCUGGGAAACCCAGUCAUGGCUUCCUGCGGCCCCUGUGA